CUAUCACAAAUUCUCCGCUCGAUGUCAGCAGAUGGCGCCGACGAAGGGAGACAAGAAGCCAUCGACGGCGGAUAAGAAGCCAUUGAAGGCUGAGAAGAAGCUUCCUAAAGAAGGCAUUUCGAGUACCAGCAUAGAAAAGAAGAAAAAGAAAUCGAAGAAGAGCGUCGAGACUUGCAAGAUCUAUCUGUUCAAAGUAUUGAAGCAAGUUCAUCCUGAUAUCGGUAUCUCCAGUAAAGCCAUGGGGAUCAUGAAUAGUUUCAUUAGCGACAUUUUCGAGAAGCUCGCUCAGGAAUCGUCUCGUCUUGCUCGUUACAAUAAGAAGCCGACGAUCACUUCUCGCGAGAUCCAGACUGCUGUUAGGCUCGUGUUGCCUGGUGAGUUGUCGAAGCACGCCGUAUCUGAAGGUACCAAAGCAGUUACAAAAUUCACCAGUUCUUAGCUAUAUGUAAUUAGGUAUAGAGAGAUAUUUUGAGAUUCGCAUCAUUUACUGAGUGUUGUUUCCAGACAUCUAGAUUUUCUUAAACAAU